AUGGGCCCCAAUGUUGGAAACGGCAUGAUCGGGAUGGAGAUGGGCAUGGGAAUGCACCCCAACGGUGCCAACCAGCCCCAGGCCACCGAGUACACGCUCCAGGGCGUCAUGCGGUUUCUACAGACCGAAUGGCACCGUCACGAGCGCGAUCGCAAUGCCUGGGAGAUUGAGAAGCAGGAAAUGAAGGGCCGCAUCGCCAGCCUCGAAGGCCAGGCUCGCCGCGCCGAUGCCACGCAAAAGGCGCUCAAGAAAUACGUGUCCAUCCUCGAGCGCAAGGUCAAGGAGCAGGCCGCGCAGAUCAAGGGCACGCCCGUCAAGAACGACGAUGCGACGAGCGAACGCGCCGCUAAGAUCCAGGAGAAGCUUAGAUCAUCCUUGGACAAGCAUUCGGUGCCUGGAGCCGACGAGGACGUCCAGGUCCCCAGAUCCGACGACGACACGCAACGAAACGACCUCAAGACUUAUCUCGACCAAUGUCAGGCGGAGUUCAUGUACCUCAUGGUCACUCCCGCGAACCCCCAGCCGCCCCGCGAGUCGCCGCCGCUGCCGAUGAUCGAGGACCUCCGAGAAGCCGAAGGGUUUGGCAUGCCCGGCCCGCAACCGAUGGAGCGGCAAUUUCAGCUCCAGCGGCCGGCUCCAAGCCACGGUCAAGACAUGAACGCGAUGAACGCGCGCGCGCACCAGGUCCCCAACGCCCUAUCGCAGAUGCAGCAACAGUCUCAGGGUUAUGCCAAGCCCGACAUGCAGCCUCAGCCGAUGAUGCGAGCCGCCAACGAACAACAGGCCGCCAUGUUCUCUAGCUCUAAUGACUGGCAAGGCCCGGUUUCUGUGACGACGCGCUCCAUUGACGAGAACAUGCCGGGACCAAAUCACGCUGCUGAAGCGCUCGGCGGCGUUGACGAUUCUGCCGAGCUGAGAGAAAAGCCUCCUGCUGCCCCUGAGCCCGAUGGUUGGGAAUUCCCCGAAGGUGCAUUCCCCGAGCCGGGCACAGCCCAGCAGCAAUCGUCUGCGCCUUCGGCGACAAACCGACCCGACACGGACGCGUUCCCGAACGCCGAAUACCUGCCCAAAUCGCCGAACCGAGUCCCCAGCGGUCAUCGAAGAAAGAGCUCAAUGUCUAGGAGACGGAGCGGCGAGCAUGAGCUGGCCCUAAACGCCGGUCAAAAGGCCGACGGCAGCACCUUCAAGCUGCGGUUCGGACUGCGCGGCCAUCUCGAUACCGUGCGGACGGUGAUCUUCUCGGGCGGCGGCAGCCCGGGAGAGCCUGAGAUUUGCACGGCCGGCGACGACGGCAUGAUCAAGCGCUUCCACAUCCCGCGCCUCGACAGCCACGCCGGGUCACUCAAUGCCGCAUCGGACCUCGACGUCAUUGCCAAUUUCACACACCGCGGGCAUACCGGCUCCGUCUUGUCGUUGACGUCGUGGUCACCGUCUCCCAACUUUUCUACCGGCGGCCGCGCGCAAGGCGAUGGAUGGAUAUUCUCCGGAGGCCAGGACGCGACGAUCCGAGUCUGGGAACGCGGGCGUGUGGACCCCAAGGCGACGCUAGAGGGCCACACCGACGCUGUUUGGGCGCUCUGUGUCCUGCCUACAACCUUGGGCAACGUCUUUGGCAACUCCAGCCACUACGGCAGCGCGGACCGGAUACUCCUCGUUUCCGGGGCGGCAGACGGGACGGUGCGGCUCUGGUCCGUCAGCGCCCCUCCGCAGCUCAGCUCUCCGCAGCCUGGGUCGAACCGGAGCAUGUCUGGGCGCGGCGGGCGCGUCCGCGGCAACUCGAUGAGUUCCGGCAGCGGCUUCUCCAAUUCUCCCCAGCCGACGGUGUCGUCCAACUCGCCCUUCCACCACACGCUGGUGCAUGUCAUCUCGAGGUCGGAUGGCUCUCAGGCUAGCCCCACGUGCAUCACACCACUCGGCAGCUCUGGCGAGACGUUUGUGGUCGCAUACGCCGAUGCCGCCGUCGUCGUCUACGACACGAGGAGCGGUGAGCAGGUGGGCCAGAUGGACAGCAUGGAGACGUCGGACGGGUCGAUGAAGACGGGCGUCAACGCGGUCGUUGCGACGACGAUCGGGCUGGAUCAAGGAAGCCCACACCAUCCCAACACCAUUGGCGGUGAGGACGAGGCCGGGGCCGGGGGGCCGACGGGCGGACGGUCGAUGGCGGGGUCGGGCGUGGAGGGGACAAUCAUCUCUGGGCACGAAGACCGUUUUAUCCGGUUCUUCGACGCCAACAGCGGGCAAUGCACGUACAACAUGCUGGCGCAUCCCGACGCCAUCUCGAGCUUGUCGCUGAGCCCCGACGGGCGAGAGCUGGUGAGCGCCGGACACGACGCGUCGCUGCGGUUCUGGAGCCUGGAGAAGCGGUCAUGCACGCAGGAGAUGACGAGCCACCGGGUGAUGCGGGGCGAAGGAGUGUGCUCUUGCGUCUGGAGCCAGGACGGCAAGUGGGUGGUGAGCGGCGGAGGCGACGGCGUGGUGAAGGUGUUUGCGCGAUAG